AUGGCUGUUGUACGGUUGUGUAUUUUAGCGCUGUUUGUGGCUUCCACAAAAAGUAGCAGUAUGUAUAACAUGUAUUCCAACAUGAUCAUGCUCGAUACCAAAGGAAAUUACAAUGUUUCCUACAACUACAAUGAGUCUACGGACACACUGGAGUUUAUGGUGCAAGUAAGAACCGCAGGUUGGGUUGGUUUCGGUGUUGCUGAAGUAGCACCAAAUAAUAUGAGUAACUAUGAUGUGGCAAUAGGAGGAGUGAAAGAUGACGGAACAAGCUAUCUGCAGGUAGGUCGGAAUAACAAAACUUUAAACUAUCUAAAAAUAAAGGAAAAAAACCGCGAGUUCGAUAUAACAUUUUAUGUCACGCAUGUUACGUUUUUUGUCUGAUUUCUUUUAUAAUCCCUUUAACGAUAGGACGCUUUAAUUUCUGAUUGCAAAAAUGUUUAAAAUUAUAAUAAAAAAUUUAAAUUACAAAGUUUAGUAAGGAUACGGAUUCCAGUCUCUUAAUUUAGAGAGAAACGACAUGUUUAUUGUUUAUAGAAAACAGCUUAGACCAUUUGAGUAUUAGUAUACUCAAAUAUUGUUGUUUGACAAAUUUCGUCUUUUAUCAAUAGUGUUUAAUCCUAUUUUUAUUUUUUAGCUUCAGCUUCGUUUUUUUUCCACAUUCGGUUGAAGAUAAAUUAAAGCCGGGUAUACAAGGUUUUAAAAAAAAUUUUUUUUUUUCGGUAGAAAAAUUAAGAUAAAACUCUAUCAUUGCGUGUGUCGAAUGACGUAACUUAUUCAAAUUACCAUGAUUCAGUAAAAUCGCCUCAGGCAUUGAAUAUUCAUUAGAUUACAAGAAGUUUCAUAUCCGAAUAAAGCCGCUAGGUAAUUGCACUUAAUUUUUGCCGAUCGUUCAAACAUCAUCGAAUUAACUGUGCAGUCUUGUUGAAUGCCAGAAACGUAAGGGGAACCGUUUUGGCAUUCAGAGCCUGUUUUAGCGCUUUUUCUGAGAUUCACAAACGUUUCCUAUUGCGGGAACAAAUAGUUAGCGAAGAAACGAAGAAUAUCAGUGAUGUGAGAGAUAUCUCUUUCCGGCACAUUAUCCUGCACGCUCGAAAGACUUUGGAAUGUCGUCAAAACCUACAAUCGUUAUUUUAUUGUAUUUUGAAAUGACUGAUCAUUUCCGAUAUAUUUUUGACCACCAUCUUCAUCACAAAUAUCCUACUUGUUAUUAUAAUGUUUGGAGCAUUACCAUGACAACCUUCAAAAUGCUUACGCUGAGUCAUCACACAACUGCAAUUACAAAACAAACGACAAAGCCGUGCAUAUGUAGAGUGGGCUGUCAUGUAGAUUCAACUUUGGCUGGCAAAGAGAAAAACGAUUAAUAAAAUAAACCUUCAUUGCUUGUUAUCUCGCUUAAUAGUAGUUACCUAAUGUCCUCAGAACACGAAAAUUUGAACUUGGCUUGGAAAUUUCAUUAAAACAAGUGUAACGCAUGUUUACUUCCCAUGAGAAAAGAUUUUCGCAUGAAACUCCAACAUUUUUAAUGAUGGAUUUGUUAAAUGCGUAAACAAUGCAUGACUUUAAGAAUCGUGUCUUCGCCUAGAAGGGACUGAAAUUUUAAUUAAAAUAACCCCUGAGGGUUGUGACGUCAAAAAGUCGUAUUGUAGAUAUUCUCUUGAUAAGCAUACCGUAUUUUUAGUUUCAUACAAAAAAAAACAUAAGCAAGGAGUUUUAUUGAUACCCUUCCUUGAUUGUUGAACUUUUAUUGACAAUCAUCUACGUAAUUUUCAGUUCAGUUAAUUUAUAGUUUUCAGAGUUUUUAAUCCCUGUUUAUCACUUUACAUUGAACAUAGAGUAAAACUAAUUUGAAGCUCGGAGUUCAAGUUGUGUUUUCCAAUUACACCUGUUGUAAAUGGACAAGAAAAUUCGUGUAAUGCUCAACAACUCAUGAUCUGUGCCAAAAGCGUUUCGAUCACCUUAACCAGGUGACAGCAUUAUUCAAUUAUCGUUCUUUAGUAAAAAAUGUUUUGAAGAAAGCGAUCCGUCUAACUACAGCUAUCUGCAUUUUAUUUUCAUUUUUUUGUUAUAUUACAAAGCUUUGAAGCUUUAGAGGUUCUUCGGCGUAUCACUGAUGUCCUCUGGUUUUGCUUGAGGUCAGAUAACAAAUUGAUGAAAUAUGAAACAAGUUGUGCGUUACCUGUGGAUGACAAAACAAAGUGCAUAGAAAACAACUGCAGAUAAAUUGAGGCCGCAAAAAUAAUCCAAGCAUAGAAGGACUGAAGUUUAACUCGUACACCGUGCUUCCUAGGCCUAAAUACCCGCAUACAGUUGUGGCGCAACCUUUAAAAGUUCGUCAAUUUAAUGUGUGUGUGCACUAUAGUUUUUUCUCUUAAUUACUCAAAUGUGUAUCGAGAAAACCGUUUUCAGGGCUCAUCCUCUACUAAGCGAUCAUUUUCAAAGUUCUAAUCCCAUUUAAUUUGUAUGAAUUACACUCCUUUCAGCGGUCACAGUAACCCCUUUGAAGGAAGGAUAAAUGAAAUUGAUAGAAGAAACGAGCAAUAGAACUUGUCAAUCGAAAUUAAAAGUUUCCUCGAGUGACGUUACUUCCGGAUUCUGCUAAACAUAGAAUAAGCCGUCGUGCUGAAGCUCGGUAUUAUCGAGUCAUACAUGACACAGAGAAGUUGAGGCAUGAAAUGCGGAGUUGUUUCUACCGACAUGAAAAACUCAACUCAACUUGCAAGAGACCGUUAGGAAAGAAUUGCUAUGUUAUAUAAAAGACAAAUUAAUUUGCUACAUUUCGGUGAUAGAGGUGUUUACAUUAAGCUGGAUAAAUUAAAAAUGGCGCUUUCUCCCUGUAAACGGAGCAAGAGUUUCAGUUCUCAUCAGAGAAAGGAUGAAAAGAAAUUUUUUGUUUUCGGUACGGAUUAUAGAGUAAAUGGUAGGUCUAAACGCAGAAACAAAGUUGCAUUAGAUUUUUUUUAAUUCAUCUAUUAGGAACAAGGCAUGAUCUGUUAUAAUUCUCAAACCAAGAGAUAAAUCUGUAUUCGAUAGCCUCACCAUUUACAAAUGAUGUGGACAAUAUGAGGGGCUAAGUGGGAAUACUUCGUACUAUUUGAUUUUGUUACCUUUGCCCUCUACAUAAUUUAAAUUUGAAGAUAUUUGUCAGCUAAUUACAGUGUUAGAGCUACUUCAGAGUACUUUAAAAAGAACUCGCUGUGAGUAAAAUGAUACUUAUCCAAACUGAGAUUUUCAAGUUUUAUAAAAGAAAUGUAAAAUGGCUUCCGUGUUUACAUAGCCUGAUGUAAACACACGGGAGGUUGGGAGAACAUGAGAUAAGCGUAGGAAACCACGACGCGAAGCGAAGUAAGUAACUUUUGGUUAAUUUUUCCUGCCCUGGGUUUAUCUAAUUCCAAGCUGGAAUUUCAUCAGAGAAAUCCAACACCAGAGAGAAUUUUUACCUUAAUGUCUAGAAAAUAAAUGUACAACAGUUACGAUUUUUUAAAAGUAACGUAUUCCCUUCAUUUAAUUUCUUCCAGGACUAUCUGACAGUUGGCCGGAAAUUACCACAACUAGAUACUCAGCAAGAUUGGAUGCUCAUGAACGCUACGGAGGAAAAUAACAUUACAACGAUAAAGUUUUACCGCAUGAGAAACACCACUGAUCUACAAAAUGAUACCGCUAUUCCGGUACGAUUGUUCGUUACGAUGUUCCUCAGUAAAGUUAAAAUGGUGUUAACUGUUAGCUAAACGACCAAAGUUUAUCUCCUUUCCAUAAAAGCGUUAAAAGAACGCUAUCAUUGCUGGUUUUUUUUUCAUGAAAUAUGUUUCUUGAUAUUGUUUCCAAUUUGUUCCAUGUACCAAAAACGUGCCAAAAAAGUUUGUAGAAAAGCAGGAACAAGGGUGUGGGUAGCCCAGCGAAACAACAAGGUUCCGACCCGCUAUCUUGAAAGUGCAGAACAUUAUCAUGACGCCAAUCGAAAUCCUCAUAACAUUCAACACUAUCUAAUACCCUGAUCUUGAUCAGCAAUAAAAUAUAUUUUCAGCAUUUCUUUUAUAUUUUCAUUGGCUAUUCUUUGACCACUUUCAGAAAGGAAUGCCAAUUUAUAUCGUGUGGGCAUAUCAUCCUAUGAGCGACGAGCUUAAACACCAUGGAAAUGACUAUAGAGGGGUUUACAGUGUCACACUUAUCCCGGCUAUCGCUCCAACGCCGACUAUGAUGAUGGUACCAUCCACAGCUGUAGUCCAGCCAGUGCUACAUUCCGACCUUAUCAUGCUUGAUGGCAAAGGAAAUUACAAUGUUUCCUAUUAUUAUAACGCAAACUCAGACAAAUUGGAGUUUAUGGUGCAAGUAAGAACCACAGGUUGGGUUGGUUUCGGUGUUGCCGAAGUAGCUCCAAAUAAUAUGAGUUACUAUGAUGUGGCAAUAGGAGGAGUGAGAGAUAACGGAACAAGCUAUCUGCAGGUACGUAAGAAUUGGCAAAUUUGUAUCCAGCAAAAUUGCAGGUACUCAUCAUGACAAAACUUGACGUAAGUCCGACCGAUUUAAAAUUUUAUUGCGAUAACUGCAUCGAAGUGGUAAUACCCUUUGCCUCGAUUUCUUCCAGGACUAUCUUACAGUUGGCCGCACGCUACCCCGACUAGAUACCCAACAAGAUUGGAUGCUCAUGAACGCGAGUGAAGCGAACAAUGUGACGACGUUGAAAUUUUACCGCAUGCGAAACACCACUGACCUUCAAAAUGAUACCGCUAUUCCGGUAAGAGUCUAACUGACUUUAAAUCACCUCUGAAAAUUGUGUCGUUCGUGGUCGUGAAAGAAAGUGUAAAAGAACACUGUCAUAACCCUUUAUUAAAGUACUCGAAGAUCCUAUCUUUUCAUGUUACUCAAGGUUUGCUGACGACAGUGUCUCCGGGUCCCAAUGUACCAAAGACAUGGUGCAAACACUGAAAAGUGAUGAAAGGGAAGGGUAUGGGUAGAUAUGGCCCGUAUUUUCACCUUUCGUGAUAUCACUAUAAAGGGGACAACAACACUCCAAAAAGAAUCCUGCCUCCGUCGUGGGUGUAAAGUUUCUAGUAUUGCUAAUCAAUUGACCCAAAUAACACUACCUGAUGAUACCCUGGUUUAUGCAGCACAAAUUGAUUGUGAAUAUUGUUACUCCUCUUACUCAAACCCCGAUUUGUCAAAUCCCCUCAACAUUCCUGAUGCGACCCUAGCCCUUUGGCGGUAUCCGCUCUGAUAGUCGAUGGGCUUAACGCAACGACCGAUCGGUCUCCAACGCAGACCUCUCGACUCGCCAGCCAGCGUAUUUAACACUAACCGACCGCUUUUCCCUCGUUCUCGUUGAUGCACCAUAUGUCAGACACCUUUUUGAUAUCGAACGAGUGCCAAAGAUUUUCCGUUUAUUCAUGGUUAUUAAGCCAAAAUAGAGAUUAUUCAUUUUUAAUCUCGCUGCAAUGCUUCAUAACUCAACACAACGCAAGGAAUUUAGAUUACAUUAGAUAAUCCUUUUUUAUGAAAAAUCAAUAUUUCCAUCAGUAUUUCCUGUGUUACUUUAAAAUGAUAGCAGCCCGCAUGUAUGAGUAUACAUUGGUUUGUAUUUAUCUCUUCCAGAAAGGAAUGCCAAUUUAUAUCGUGUGGGCAUAUCAUCCUAUGAGCGACGAGCUUAAACACCAUGGAAAUGACUAUAGAGGGGUUUACAGUGUCACACUCAUCCCGGCUAUCGCUCCAACGCCGACUAUGAUGAUGGUACCAUCCACAGCUGUAGUCCAGCCAGUGCUACAUUCCGACCUUAUCAUGCUUGAUGGCAAAGGAAAUUACAAUGUUUCCUAUUAUUAUAACGCAAACUCAGACAAAUUGGAGUUUAUGGUACAAGUGAGAACCACAGGUUGGGUUGGUUUCGGUGUUGCCGAAGUAGCUCCAAAUAAUAUGAGUUACUAUGAUGUGGCAAUAGGAGGAGUGAGAGAUAACGGAACAAGCUAUCUGCAGGUACGUAAGAAUUGGCAAAUUUGUAUCCAGCAAAAUUGCAGGUACUCAUCAUGACAAAACUUGACGUAAGUCCGACCGAUUUAAAAUUUUAUUGCGAUGACUGCAUCGAAGUGGUAAUACCCUUUGCCUCGAUUUCUUCCAGGACUAUCUUACAGUUGGCCGCACGCUACCCCGACUAGAUACCCAACAAGAUUGGAUGCUCAUGAACGCGAGUGAAGCGAACAAUGUGACGACGUUGAAAUUUUACCGCAUGCGAAACACCACUGACCUUCAAAAUGAUACCGCUAUUCCGGUAAGAGUCUAACUGACUUUAAAUCACCUCUGAAAAUUGUGUCGUUCGUGGUCGUGAAAGGAAGUGUAAAAGAACACUGUCAUGUUCCUUCAUCAAAAAUUGCUCGAAGAUCCUGUCUUUUCAUGUUAUUCUAGGUUUGCCAACGAUAGUGUCUCCAGGUCUCAAUGUACCAACGACAUGGUGCAAACACUAAAAAGUGAUGUAAAGCAAGGGUAUGGGUAGAUAUAGCCCGUACUUUCACCUUUAGUAAUAUCUUUAUUAGGGGGACAAUAACACUCCAAUUAAGAAGAAUCCCGCCUCCGUCGUGGAUGUGAAGGGUCUAGUACUGCUGAUCAAUUGACUCAAAUAAAGCUGCUUGAUAAUACGAUAGUUACUGCAGCACAAAUUGAUUGUGAAUAUUGUUACUCCUUCUACUCAAACCCCGAUUUGUCAAAUCCCCCCCCCCCCCCCCCAAUUUUCUGAUGCGAUCCUACCUCUUUGAUGGUAUCCGCUCUGAUAAUCGUGGGCUUAACGCAACGACCGAUCGGUCUUCAACGCAGACCUCUCGAUUCGCAGGCCAGGGUAUUUAACACUAACCGACCGCUUUUCCCUCGUUCUCGUUGAUGCGCCAUAUUUCAGACACCUUUUGAAAUCGAACGAGUGCGAAAGACGUUUCUUCUGUUACUUUAAAAUGAUAGCAGCCUGCAUAUAUGAGUAUACAUUGGUUUUCAUUUACCUCUUCCAGAAAGGAAUGCCAAUUUAUAUCGUGUGGGCAUAUCAUCCUAUGAGCGACGAGCUUAAACACCAUGGCAAUGACUAUAGAGGGGUUUACAGCGUCACACUCAUCCCAGCUAUCGCUCCAACGCCGACAAUAAUGAUGGCGACUGCCUCUAUGCCAGUCAUGCCUCCGCAACCGAGCUUUCUGAAUCUCCAAAAUGGAAAUUAUAAAGUUUCCUGGAUUUACAAUAGUAGCAUGGACACGUUACACUUUACGAUAGAAGUGAGAGCCACGGGAUGGAUUGCGUUUGGAUUUUCAACAAAAUUUCCUAUGGGUAUGAUGGGAUACGAUGUGGCCAUUGGAACAGUUAAGAACGGAGUGGGAACCUUGGAGGUUUGUUGGCAGUAGAAAAUGAAGAGUUAUUUAGUUAAGUACAGAAAUUGUCAAACAACAGCUCUAAUUGAUUUUCAUAAUGAAAAUCAAAGACCCUCAUGGAAAGGAAGGAAGGUAUACCCUUACCGCAUCCGAUCUGCUGUGUUGCCUCAGUUCAGUCACUUCUCGCUCUUUUAUAUAUCCAUCUAAUCGUCUACCUUUUUUCCAGGAUUAUAAAACAAACGGUCUAAGAAAACCUGACAUGGAUGCUAAACAAGACUGGAAGUUGACUUACUCUAGUGAAAAUGAUGGUAUAACAAAGUUCCAAUUUUAUCGCAAGCUUAACACCAACGACGAAAUGGAUGUUGUUAUCCAGGUAAUCAGUGGUAUCCUCCUAAUCCACCAAAAGCAAAAGUUAGCUUUCCACCACUACGAUGUUAAAUAUUUUGUAACCUAUUAAGAGUUCCCAUAUGCUAGCUUCAUCAAAAUUCAAUUCCUCUCGCAAUUUUUCGUUUGUUACAGAAAGGAAUGCCAAUUUACAUUGUGUGGGCAUAUUCUGCAACUUCUGAUACGCUUGUAGAGCACAGUAGCAAAGGUUAUCAUAAUGAACGAGUGACACUUGUACCAGCUGAUAUGACUCUGAUGACACCGACCCCGACAACAGGUAUAACUUUCCUUCAUCGCUCGCCACUAACAAAUGAAUCAUAAUAAGUCAUAAUUUAAGAACAGAGAGGAUUACGAAAUUAGACUCUCUCUCCACAAAGGCCUCAAUAAUACGAACGUACCCAUAGCAAUUUAAUAAUCGUGAUGACGAUGAUAACAUUGAUAAUAUCUCAAGAGACAGAGACUUUAAUUCCACAAGAUCAUUUUUUCUCGCCAUCUUCAAAUCCUUUGAUUUUUAUCAUGAAAACCUUCAGGGGCGUAUUUCAGUUUAGUUUCGUAAAGCUAAAACCUACCUGAUCACAAACGCCUGUCAAAACAAAGCAACAUACCACAAGGAGGCAAUAAGGACUUCAGGUAAAAAACAAGCAUUCUACGUCUAGUACAUGAGAAAGCGAGUGCCCAUGUUGCACAUCUGUGUGGUUUAAGCGUGGAAGAUAACUGAUAAUAACGAGUAAAUAGGAAUUGUAUGCGCUCUAUUUGUGGGUGAGAAAUCUGGUAGAACUAGAUUUAAAGAAGUGAUUAUCAACCUAAGUAACAUUAAAUUUACUCGUGCACUCGUUUCAGCUGGCAUGACUUCGACGACACCAACCCUGACCAAAAGUAUAGUUUUCAUAACAUUGCGUUCAUAAUUUAAGGAUCAAUAAGAGGUCAAGAAAAAAGACUCUAUAAGUAAAGGCUUUUUUUCUAAGGUUCUGCCAUUCAAACUGAAUAUAGGAAAAAUUGUGAAAAGACAGACAGACAGACGGCAGAACUAAUCUACGGGAGAGGAACGAAAUAUGAAGGAGGAGGUAGAUGUACUAUCCAAAUUAUUUAAUACUAAAUCGUGAUUUCAACAUAUUUUCGUAGGGAAAGGCCAGUUCAGUCAUUCCUUCGACAAUGGUAAUUUUCUUAUGCGGUGGACAUUUGACGAUCAAAAUAACAAGUUAACUUUUCAUGUGAAAGUUAAAACCACUGGCUGGGUAGGAUUUGGUUUUGCCAGGGUCGCACCAACUCAGAUGAGAAAUUAUGACGUAGUCGUUGGCGGAUAUGACAACGUCGGAUAUUUAAUGGUAAGUCUCCGAGAAAUUUGUUAUGAAACUUGACUUGCCGGCCCCUUACUACUAAAGCUUAUCUUGGUUUCAGCUGCAUGGAAAAAAUUAACAGCUAUUCUCAUGAGAGGGAAUGAAUUUUUAUGGCAGAUAGCCGUAGCGAAGAAGUUUGAAAGUUUGCUGCCACCCAUUAAUACUUCCGGGACUUUGUCAGGGUACAAUUUCUCACACAUGAACACCACUCAUUGAAUUAACUAAAGCUCGAACUAAAAUCUCUCGAUCCGGAUCUCCCCCACCUCACCCCACCCCACCCCACCCCACCCCACCCCACCCCCCUUGCCAUCGCAACUUAGUCCUCAGUCCCCGGAUGCCUGGCGAGUCAGAAUUACUCAGCUGUGUUUUUAUAUGCUUUAUCAUGGCUAAUUUACUGGAACGAUUGCCGCGUGUAACUGACUGCUGUACUGCGUUUCCUUGCACCAUAUUUUAACACAGAGGUACCCUCUCCACGUACCCUGCACAGAAAAAUUCAACUGUUAUACCUACCAGCAGUAAAACACCACAUUCCUAAAUCUUCUUGUAAUGAAAAAUUUAGACGAGAAAAAAGCAAUUGGACAAAAGAUCUCCAGUAUGAAAGAUCAUGAUCAGGCAAAAGUGAUCACAAUAUUAUUUAUAAAAAAAGUCAGCGGUAAGGGCGCCAGUACCAGUACCAUAAGAUUUAUCGAGAAAAACCAAGAGUCUUACAAAAAUGUAAAUAUUGCAUAACGAUAACAAAAUCUUACUUUUGUGUUGUGGUAGUGUAGGAACAGGGCCACGUGGAAAGGAUCAGAUACAAGUAAAAGGGAAAUUAUUCUUACUAUGCAUAUUUCAUGAACUGUAAUCUAUAAGACAACGGGUGCUGAUGGGAAACCAACCGUCCUCUUUAUGCCAUCUUUAUUACCGAUUUCUUUUACACUAAUUUUCCUCAUUCUCUAUAAUCAGGACUAUUACACUCAAGGACGAGCUCAACCCCAACCUGAAAGCAAAAACGACUAUACGUUAUUGUCUGCAUCAGAAGUAGCUGGAUACACUGAGCUAAUGUUUGAGAGACUAACUGAUACGAAUGAUGACCAAGAUAUACAGUUCGUGGUAAGUGUUUGUAUUCACUUAUCCUAAAAGCCCCUCUUCACUAAUCUCGCAACCAGAUCCUACCGUAUAACUGUAAUUGAAAUGUAGGGACCUUACAACCGCUUAGCCGUGGAGGGUCUGGGUACGAGACUUCCCCUUCCUCCCUCCCUCCCUCCACACAGUAAGCCCUGUGUCUGCGCGGCUAAUUGCUCUGAGGCGUUGGGAAAAAAAAAGUUGAGUUUUCCGUUUUGUUUUCAUUCAAGACUAGGAAACAACUUUCAGCUAAAGAAACAAAAUAAACUGGUUAAGGAGCCAGAGCCUGCUUCUGUAUUCUUUAAAUUUUGUUUAUAAGAUAUGGCUUUGGGCCCGUUUAUUUACCGCGACUUUCGAGAAACGGGCUCCAGUCUCAAAAAAAUGAGCUGGUGUAGAAAUUGGUGUGAUUUGGUAUGGAAUAGGAUUAGGAUAAAAUAGGUUUUUUGGGAUCAUUUCUGGUUAUCUGUUUAUUGUUUAAUCUGUCAAUAUUUUCUCUUUUAAUCACAGCCUGGUGGUGCAGUACAUAUCAUUUGGGCCUAUGGCACUGAGGAUGUCACAAGCGCUGACAGCUUUAAUGUCCAUUCUUCAAAAGGCUACUCUUCGUACCAACUUGUCAUCAUUCCGACAGCCCCAAUCCCUACUCAGCCGGGAGCUGCCUCUUCAUUGCAUUCCUUCAUUUAUGUGAUUGUUUCUUUAGCAGCAAUAUUGUUCAAUGUUGUAACAAUAUAAUCCAGAGAACUGGAAGAAAAAGUCCAUUUUAGACCGCAGUUCUUCGUAAUUAGCAUGAAGCUGCUUGAAAUUCAAGUCUUUUCAGAGUGGUUUUAGUGUUGAUCAGCACGAUUUGCAGUUUAAGAUUGAAGAACUCCUUUUUUUUUAACUAAGCGAACUGCAUGAAACCAUUGAAACAUUUUGAUAAACAUUUUGGCGUAAAACAUAAGACUCAAAAUUAGGAGUCCUUAGAGAUAAGAUUUCAUAAUAGUAGCGAAAGUCCGACAAGCUUUCAAUGGGAAAAAGCUUCUUCGGAUUUCUAAACAUUGUUUUUAAGGCAACGGCAUGUUUCCGUUUUAUAAUAAAAAAAAAUUGUUUCAAAACUAAUUUGGACCAAGUUGUCAUAUUUAAAAAGGAAGCCAUUCAUAGCUGUGUGAGGGG